CUCUCCAUUGGCUGCGGUGGCAGUGAACGUCUCAUCUUGUCAUCAAUCGCUCAAUAGCUGUUUGAAAGGCGAAAAGCCAAUGGAUUAUGUUGUUUUCUUUGGCACCGGGGAGUCGGCGAUAGUCUGAAUUGUCAUGUCGGGCUGCGGCAAGCAGGGUGGGAAGGCGCGGGCCAAGGCCAAGUCUCGCUCCUCGCGGGCCGGGCUGCAGUUCCCGGUGUGCCGGGUUACUCCGAAAGGUAAUUAUGUCGAGCGGGUCGGGGCCGGGGCCGGGGCCCCGGUCUACCUGGCGGCCGUGCUGGAGUACCUGACGGCCGAGAUCCUGGAGCUGGCGGGCAGCGCGGCGCGAGACAACAAGAAGACGCGCAUCAUUCCCCGCCACCUGCAGCUGGCCAUCCGCAACGACGAGGAGCUCAACAAGCUGCUGGGCAAAGUGACGAUCGCGCAGGGCGGCGUCCUGCCCAACAUCCAGGCCGUGCUGCUGCCCAAGAAGAUCGAGAGCCACAAGGCCAAGGCCAAGUAAACCCAGCGCUGAAGGCAGAGUUGGUCACGGAAAAGUUACCCCAAAGGCUCUUUUCAGAGUCACUUAUACUUCAAAAAAAGCGGGGGGGGGGGUGGUGUCGAUUAUCGAGGGAGAUCAACUUGGGGAGGGGUGUUUUAAUAUUUAUCUAUUUAAUUUGCAUGUUCUCUUUUGACGCGUUUCGUGUUAGUAUGAAUAACUACACACCAAAGCCUGUAAUUUCUCUCGUUUCACACAAUACGGAAAUUAAAAGAGAGGAAAGUGGGUGUUUUUCCUUUCUGCUGUUAAGGAGACUAGGGCCACAGCACAUUCUAUAAACUACCGAAUGGAUCUUGAGUCAGCUGUUCCAAGUCCCUGAACUUAAUUGCCUCCACAAUUAAACAUUAACA